ACAAGCACGCUGUGGGAGAGAGCCAGUGGUUGUUGUAAACAAACUUAUAGCAGCAUCUGUACAUCAUGUUUUUAUAUCCAUAGCAGAAAUCAAAGAACCACAUGAAACAGAAGUAAGAUGAAGCAAACAGGUGUGGAUGUCACUACAAAGGUGUAGGCCCCAGAGUUGGAGCUGCUAACAACUGUGGCUGUGGGAGGGGUUAUUAAAUUAUAUCUACCAGUGAGGGGCAGAUAUAACCCACAAAUUCUAUCCAAUCAGAGCUCCCCCACCGUCUGGCAGCAUGAAGCUGAACAGCGAACAGGUCACGUUGGUGUAGAGAACCGACUUCGUGUUCAUGAAUGUGACCGCAGCUCUGAGGUCCUCCUGAGCUCUUCGUACUGAAACUCUGAGUCAUGUUUUUACUUUUGUUUUCACAUUUGGGGAAUCCCAGGGCAGUUUUUACUUUCAUUUGGUGACUGUCCAGGUACGUUCAUAACAUACAGCUCAUUUAGUCAGCCAGUCAAAGACCUGCAGUGUGGUGGUGUGCCAUGACUAAAGGUACAUUCUAUUCUAUUCUAUUCUACAGGCUGCACAGGGUCAGAGCAGAUGUUUUUGGAGCAGGUAAGGGGACGUUUUUGUCUUUCUGAAAAUUUUCCUUUGCUAGUUUGUCCACAUGAUGAGCAGGGUGGUGUCUAUAACUGCACAUUAAUACAUUAUGGUUUAAAUGUCAUCAACAUUUUUACUAGCCGUUGAGAGCAGGUGAUGCACAUCUAUGAGGACACAGGUGUGGAAAGGCUGUUUGUUGCUUAGGAAAAAAUAAUCUUUAACUGAAUUCUGAUCAAUUUCACUGCAAGCUUUUCAAAAUACCGAAGAUAAACCAAAAGUCUGUAUUUAUGUACCUGAGAUCUGAAAGACAUGUUGUCAAUUUUUAACCACAGGAAGCACCUGAAGGACAACGCUAAAGACAGUCAAACUUCUGAGGAGAUGGAGAGAGACGAGGAACUGGAAAGAUUGUUUCAGAGGUUAGCUGUAUUUACACCCUGCAGAGCAGACAGACUGAGGAGCUGUGAUGAAAGGGAAAGAUUGACAAAGCUGGCAAUGAGAAGCUGCACAGAUGAAGUCACCCUGCAGUGGCUGAGAAAAAACUCUGAUGCCUUCACAGACAUGUUUGACUUUCUGAAGAAACACAUUGAUGAGGAGGAGAAGAAGAACCACAGUGAUAAUGUUCACAUCAGCUUCGUGGCUCAUGGAGCAAUCAAAGACUUCAUGAUCGCAGCCAGCUGUUACCUGCCUCUGCCCACCAUCACUGACGUGCUCCUGUAUUCUCCCUGGAACUGCAUCACUUCUGGUUUAGUGUACGGUGUCGCUACAGGAAAACUGAGGCCUCAGCACAGAGUUUUUUACUGUAGGAAAGAAAAAGGCUGUAUUAUUCCUGAUGACAAACAUCGACCUGUGAACCUGCCAGACCACUGGAACUCACUGAAGAAAGCUGGAGCACAGAUGGUCCCAAACAUCACGGUUAGCCCUCUUCGAGAUGAUGAUGGAGUGUGGGAACACUUUGAGUCUCUCUCAGCUAAACACGGCCCACCAGGAAGGAACCGCAUCGUCAUCCCGUACAACCUCCCAGGACGGGAAUAUGAAAGCAUCCCGUUCUCUGUGGUGACCUUGGCUCUGUCCCUGGUGCUCCUCUCCUCCAGGUUUAAAGGGACUCUUCACUUCUCUGGUUGUCUCGGUGAUCACUCUACUGGACAGAAAUUUGACAGGAAGUAUCUUCAGGAGCAGUACGCCUGCACCAUCGACAACAGCAUGAUGACACAUUCACCUGAAGCUUUCAGGGAGACAGAUGAUGAUAAAUGCCGCUUGUGUUAGACAUGUUUGUGGACGUGUUAGUGUAAAGAUGA